AAAACUCUGCGGAAUCAUCUGUACUGUCCGCAGUCUCUGGUCAUCCCUGUACUGUGUCCGCAGUCUCUGGUCAUCCCUGUACUGUGUCCGCAGUCUCUGGUCAUCCCUGUACUGUGUCCGCAGUCUCUGGUCAUCCCUGUACUGUGUCCGCAGUCUCUGGUCAUCCCUGUACUGUGUCCGCAGUCUCUGGUCAUCCCUGUACUGUGUCCGCAGUCUCUGGUCAUCCCUGUACUGUGUCCGCAGUCUCUGGUCAUCCCUGUACUGUGUCCGCAGUCUCUGGUCAUCCCUGUACUGUGUCCGCAGUCUCUGGUCAUCCCUGUACUGUGUCCGCAGUCUCUGGUCAUCCCUGUACUGUGUCCGCAGUCUCUGGUCAUCUCCUGUACUAUGUCCGCAGUCUCUGGUCAUCCCUGUACUGUGUCCGCAGUCUCUGGUCAUCCCUGUACUGUGUCCGCAGUCUCUGGUCAUCCCUGUACUGUGUCCGCAGUCUCUGGUCAUCCCUGUACUGUGUCCGCAGUCUCUGGUCAUCCCUGUACUAUGUCUGCAGUCUCUGGUCAUCUCCUGUACUGUGUCCGCAGUCUCUGGUCAUCCCUG